AUGUCAAAACACGGGUUUUUCAAGCAACGUUUUGGGCGCCGGAAGGGCUCGACAAAUCUACCCGCCGAUUAUAUACAAGAGCAUAUGGAAGACAAUGAUCUCAAUUCCGCCAUAGUCUCCCCUCCGCUCAAAUAUGUAGCGAGGAUCAACAGUUUUGCGACCUCAGAAAUAAACGACGAGCUCGAAAGUGAGGAGGACUCUUUGUUCAGUGGCGCGAGAGAGGAGUUGCAGUUGCUCCAAGCUACGAUAGUCCAAUACCAACAGAAGACUGACCCGGAUUCAAGUUCGAUGAUCAAGGCCAAUGAGACAUCUAGUCCCUGGCAAGACAUCAGGGAGGCAGUCAAGGUAGCAAAGAUUCGUGAAGAUGGUGAAGACAAGGACAGCUGGUCCGCAAGAGACAGUUGCGAUAAGAUAAUCGAUAAUAUCUCCACAUUCGAGACAUGGCUCGACCUUCUACCAGGUGGCGACUACGGAGCGGUUGUUGGCGGUGUCUUCAAAAUGGUCGUUACAGCUGCAAAACGCGCGCAUGACGUUCGAGUGACCAUCUUCCAAGCGUUGGCAGACAUCCCCUACUGGGUUGGACGUGCGAAUAGAUACCGUGACUUGUACGCCGAUUCAAAACCUCGAGAUCUGGUACAGAUGACAGCGCAGCUUUGCAGCGCUGUUUUGGUUGCUCUUCGACAUAUCAUGGUAUAUCUCACGGAGGGGAUCCUAAAAAAGGCAUGGAAAGCCAUGGCACAAGGCCAAGCUUACAAGCAAACGCUACUGAGUCAGAUAGACCGAGUCCGAGAUCUCAUUGGCAAGGUAGACCAGGAAGCGGCAAUCAGCUCGCAGUACCGUAUGAGAGACCUCGAGAAACUUUGCCAAGAGUACUUCCCCGCUAUUAACAUGCAGCUGAAGGAAUUGAAGGAGCAGCAAAACACCGAGAAUUUCCGCCUCGAUGAAGCAACAAAAAAAGACCUUUCGACUCGCAUUGGAGAAGCAGCAGCGGGAUAUUGUAUCAAUAGCUUUUACAGCCACUUGUCCAGCAAUCCAGGCAUUGAUGCCAGGAUACGAGCUGUAACCCAAACUGCUCUCGUCUUAGCAUUAGGAUUAUCAUCAGACGUUCCUCAACAAGACUUGAAACGCUGCCUAAGCAUGGGCACAUCGCUAAGCCUCAAUGACCAAGACCGCGUCAAAUGGAUGAUGCAGUCGCCCAAGCUUCGAGAAUGGCUGAACUUUCCCGGAUCCCGUAAACUCCUGAUCAACGGUGAUGGUGCCGCAAACGAGAUGCUCUCGUCCGCGACGUUCUUAUCCGCCAAGUUGUUGGAAAGUUUGGGUCAUAUUGAGCCCAUCGUUUCGCAACAUUUUUUCUGCUCGCUGCAUACAACAUCCAGAAAAGAUAUUAUGGCCGACGCAACCGGCUUGAUCAAAAGCUUCGUCUCUCAGCUCCUGCAACGUGACGUUUCUUGGGACCUGAGUUUCCUCUCAACAACAGACCUUGAAAAGAUCCAACACAACGACCUAGAAACCAUCUGCGCGCUAUAUCGAAGGUUGAUCCAACAACUACCGGACACAACAUUCCUCUUCUGGAUGAUCGACGGCAUAAAUUACUACGAGCGCUCUGAGAGGCGACGGGAUUUCUUGAAAGUCAUUCAUGAGUUGCUAGGGAUACUCAAAGAUUGCAACAGAGUCGUGAUAAAGCUACUUCUAACCUGUCCUGGUAUAAGCUUAUACGUCAAAGAUGCGCUAGGCAGAGAAGAUGUACUUACUGUGCCACCGACCGUCGAUGGCAGUCGUCAGGGGUGGAGUGAGCGCGUGUUUCAGAAGACAGUUGGUCACGAAAUCGAGCACUUGGAUGGAGCUGCUCUCAGUGGUUAG